AUGGUUACUGUCCACAUUCCAGCCAGUUUUCCAGUUAUUAUCUUAAAUACUUAUAUGUUAGUAGUAAUUGUUUGUUGCAAUGACAACAUCGACAAGAGGAUACUUAUUAGCGAUCCCGCCUACGUCCAACAACAAAUAACCCACCUCCAAUCAGAACUACAGACUUUACAGGCAACGGUCCAAACAAAGAAUGCAGACCUUCAGACUCUACAGGCAACGGUACAGUCACAGGCUGGAAAAAUCACUCAACUGGAACAGCAACUCUCAGAUUCAAACCAUGGAAAUGGAGGAGCGACAUUUAUACGUUGGGGACGAAGUGACUGCCCUGAUAAACUGACUGAACUCGUAUAUUCCGGUUAUGCAGGAGGUUCGUGGUAUGCCGACACUGGAGCGGCAGCUAACUAUCUCUGUCUGCCAUCGGAUCCAGAAUGGUUAAACACAACAGUUGUACCAAAUACUAUCACAGGGAAAAUUUAUGGGACGGAAUAUGAAUCUUAUACCGGUCACACUCUGUUUGGGUCAGAUUCACACGACGAAGAGGCUCCAUGUGCUGUCUGUAGAUCUACCUCUUUUGUCUCGUCUGUGAUGAUACCGGCGAGGACAUCAUGUUACAGUGGCUGGACGAGGGCGUACAGUGGGUCAUUGGCAUCAGGAUACAGCAAUCAGCCCGCUGCAUCAGAGUAUGUCUGUGUAGACGAGCAAGCACAACCUCUUAGUGGAGGGGGUGACACAAACGACAAUGGUGCAUUAUUUUACGGCGUUCGUGCUUUCUGUGGAGCUUUGAGAUGUCCCCCAUACAAGCAAGAUAAAUAUGUAGCCUGUGUAGUCUGUAUGAAAUAA